GUCCACUCCCCAUGCUGGGUGCCAGCACCCACCAUCCCACGUCCCUCACGCUGGCGCCUGUCAGGGGAUUCCCCGAGACCCCCCCUGAAGGCCACCCUCCAGGUCUUUCCCAUGGUCUGGGUAUGCUGCUGGGGGGGGACAAGGCUGUGGGCAGAGGGGACGCCCCGUUCCCUGGCAUCGCCCCUCGUGCUUCUCCAGGGCCUGCAGGGACAGGACAAGGG